AGCAGAGCAGCAGUGUAGGAAAAGAGGAGGAAGCAGUAAGGAUGGCGGAGUCACACCUCUGAAGCAGAUCUUCAAGGGAUUAAAAGAACUUCUGUCCGAAGGUCCUGGGAUUGUAUGCAGUUCAGACACUUCAGCAUGUGGCCCAUGGAUGCCACAAUCCAGCUACUUCAAAGGAUUUCUUCUCCCAUGGCAUUUUAACAAAGGAAAAAAGUAUCAGAAUUAUCCAAAAACCCUUUGGAUCACAAGGCCUGUAUUUCAAGGAUAAUCAUAAAUGUGUGGGCCUGCACAGGGAUGUUUUCUUUAAAAGCCUCCUUGGCUGUCUGUGUCCCUUUUUUCCCUAAAUAAGUAACCUGACAAGAGAGACUCCCAUGAGCAACUCUACAGGAGGCCCGAUAACGUCGACAUGAGUAGUACUUUAGGCAAAGAAAAAGAUUCGAAAGAAAAGGACCCCAAAGGUGGUCCAGCUGGGAAAGAAAGGGAAAAGGAGGCUAAGGCUCUGGCCAGCUUGGUCAAGGAUGGUGGCAAAGAAACAAAGACCAAAGGGAAAGAUGCCAAAGAAGGAAAGAAGGACACCAGCAGCUCAACACCGGGUGUUGCCUUCUCCGUUGACAAUACAAUAAAGCGGCCAAACCCGGCACCAGGUACACGCAAGAAGUCCAGUAAUGCCGAGGUGAUCAAAGAACUUAACAAGUGCCGGGAGGAGAACUCAAUGAGAUUGGACCUUUCGAAACGGUCCAUUCACAUGCUGCCCACCUCCAUCAAGGAGUUGACGCAGUUGGCUGAACUCUACUUAUACAGCAACAAGCUGCAGAGCCUGCCGGCUGAGGUGGGUUGCCUAUCAGGCCUGGUCACUUUGGCCCUGAGUGAGAACUCCCUGACCAGUUUGCCUGACUCCCUGGACUCCCUUAAGAAGCUUCGAAUGCUUGACCUCCGGCACAACAAGCUGAGAGAGAUACCGGCUGUCGUCUACCGGCUGACAUCUCUGACCACGCUGUACCUGCGCUUUAACCGUAUCACAACAGUUGAGAAAGACAUCCGAAACCUUUCCAAGCUCACUAUGCUCAGUAUCCGCGAGAACAAGAUUAAACAGCUGCCUGCAGAGAUAGGGGAGCUAUGCAACCUUAUUACUCUGGAUGUUGCCCAUAACCAGCUGGAACACCUCCCGAAGGAGAUUGGGAAUUGCACACAGAUAACCAACCUCGACUUGCAGCACAAUGAGCUCUUGGACCUCCCAGAGACUAUAGGCAAUCUGGCCAGCAUAAAUCGCUUAGGUCUGAGAUAUAAUAGAUUGUCAGCCAUUCCCAGAUCGUUAGCCAAAUGUCGAGAACUGGAGGAGCUAAACCUUGAAAACAACAACAUUUCAGUGUUGCCAGAGGGUCUGCUUUCAAGUUUGGUCAACCUGACAAGUCUAACACUGGCGAGGAACUGCUUCCAGUCAUACCCUGUGGGUGGACCAUCCCAGUUCUCCACCAUCUACUCCCUCAACAUGGAGCACAACCGUAUCAACAAGAUCCCCUUUGGUAUCUUCUCCAGGGCCAAAGUGUUAAGCAAGCUUAACAUGAAGGACAACCAGUUAACGUCUCUGCCGUUGGACUUUGGCACAUGGACUAGCAUGGUCGAGCUUAACCUGGCCACUAAUCAGCUGACAAAGAUCCCCGAGGACGUCUGUGGUCUAGUCUCUCUGGAGGUGUUAAUAUUGUCCAAUAAUCUUCUCAAGAAGUUACCACAUGGUAUUGGGAAUUUGAGAAAGCUACGAGAGCUCGACUUGGAGGAAAACAAGUUGGAAUCUCUACCUAAUGAAAUUGCUUAUCUUAAAGAUUUACAGAAAUUGGUGUUGACAAAUAAUCAGCUGACUACGUUACCCAGAGGCAUCGGUCACCUCACCAACCUGACUCAUCUGGGUUUGGGGGAGAACCUGCUGCAACACCUUCCCGAGGAGAUUGGUACACUGGAGAACCUGGAGGAACUGUACCUCAAUGACAACCCCAACCUUCACAGCCUCCCGUUCGAGCUAGCCCUCUGCAGCAAGCUGUCCAUCAUGAGCAUCGAGAACUGUCCCCUCAGCCACCUGCCACCACAGAUUGUCGCGGGAGGCCCCUCCUUCAUCAUCCAGUUCCUCAAGAUGCAGGGACCAUACCGUGCCAUGGUCUGAGCCAAGAGCAGCUCAAUCCCAGUCCUACUUAACUCCAAACCCUCCACUUGCUCUGCACCCUCUCGCCUGCCGGCCCCCAUUACGUGUAUCAUACACUGUAAAGAAAACAGACUCGCCACAAUCAGUGUCGGGGGCAAAUGAAAGGAGGGGGAAGAGGAGGAAAACAUUUCUUUCACCAUCCUCGGGCAGAAACAAGGUGAAUCUUUGGAGACUUGACUUCUGUGUUGCUCCAGAGUUUAUCAUGGUCAUUUUAGGACCCCAGCCACCCCCCACCCCCCCGCUCAUCUUUCAUUCCGAAUCAUACAGGAGGAAAAUAUUUCCAUCUCUUUGCCAAAACUGAAGAUAUAUAAAGUUAUAUAUAUUGAGUAACUGUGAGCUAAGUGGCAAGUCUUUUAACCAUAUAAACCGUGCUCCCAUUGCCAAUGUAUUUACAGUAAUUACAAGCAUCUAUUAUGUGAGCAAGGAUACAAUUGUAUGCAAAAACAAACAAAAAAAGUCUUUUGAACUUCACAUUUACUGCUGCUGCCGUAAUUUUAACUGUCAUCCUAUUAUAUUUUCUUUUGAUAUUCCCUUUUUUAUCAUCCUUCCUCAAGAUAACUUAUGUUAAUUGCUUCUUGACCAUAGAGAACAAAGGUCUAAUGAUGGUGUGUUUAUAAUUUUUACAAUCUUUGUUUUGUUUUGUUUUGUUUUUUUUUGGUUUUUUUUUUACGUUUUAGGGCUUUUUUUUUGUUUAUUAAAACUGUGCCUAUGUUUAGAGUGAUCCAGUGGUUCAUUUCUAAACACAAUUGUCCAUGAGAAUACAAAGAUAUAAAUUAUUUCAAUAAUUCUUUUUUUUUUUCUAUUACUGCUGUUUUUAAUUUUUUUUGGUGUUCCUUUUGCUGUUGCAUUAAUCUGUUAAAGCAGGCGAUAUCAGUUGUAAAAUAGGGUGAUUGGAGAUCUUUUUAACAAAUAGCAGCAGUGGUUGUUCAACAUUAAGCUAGUAAUGUACACAUAUGAGAAAUGCCAAUCAUACAUGCUUGGGGGAAAAAAAAAAAGCAAGUUGGACUUUUCUCCAAAGCGGGUGGUGCUGUGACACCCGUCUAUAUUGCUUUUGUGUGACAAAAA